CACAUUUGGACUGAAAACAACAGUUAAAAAGUCUCGAAUUUAGUCCAGGUUGCUGGUGGUAUGAUGACAGUGCUCAGUGAAAUGCGUGUGAAACCGUUUGCUCUAAUCACACCCGCGGUCUGCCGGUUUGAACGGCUGUGGUGAUGUCACAUUUCUGUGUGCUUCUGGACUCGGCUCGGCUGAAGAAGAUGGCGACCUCCACAGGAGUUAAAGUUCCUCGCAAUUUUCGCUUGUUGGAGGAGCUUGAAGAGGGGCAGAAGGGCGAGGGCGAUGGCACAGUCAGCUGGGGCCUCGAGGAUGACGAAGACAUGACCCUCACACGAUGGACAGGCAUGAUCAUUGGACCAUCAAGAACCAAUUAUGAGAACAGGAUAUACAGUCUGAAAGUGGAAUGUGGAGCGAGAUACCCAGAGGCAUCCCCCAAUGUUAGAUUUGUAACAAAAAUAAGCAUGAAUGGGAUAAAUAAUUCCAACGGCUUGGUGGAUUCACGUAGCAUACCAGUUUUAGCGAAAUGGCAGAAUUCUUAUAGCAUUAAAAUUGUUCUUCAAGAGUUAAGGCGUCUAAUGAUGUCCAAAGAAAAUAUGAAGCUUCCACAACCACCAGAAGGACAAACCUACAGCACUUAAUCGUAAUGGAUUGUUUCGGCCCUCUGACUUAAACCUUACUCUCUUAGAAAUAUCGUGUAAAAUCAUCAAGAGGCUCACUUCACACAACAACAAUAUCGUCUGCAAGAGCAAGAUUGGACUUCCGUAUUGCGUAGCUCAUUUACAAAGAAAAUGUCCCUGCAGUUAAACACUGAAUAGAUAGUGAAAAGACAACAAGACCACAGUUAUCUGCCUUUAAUCGACUAAAUAAAUACUUUGACAAUGACUUUUAUGUUCGACGUGAUUCAGCUUGAGUGGGCUUGAAGAGGGAAGCAUGACGCCACACAGGCUGUACCAGAGUCCCAAUAGUUUUAAGUUUCGAUGAUCACUGAAGGAAGCUGUGUGUGUGAUGGCAUGUUCUGUAACUAAUACCUAGUUGAAGAGCACGUUUUUGAGUUUGUUAGUCAAUUUAGCAGGUUCAUUAAAAUAUCAUUCAGAUUGCUUAAUAUUGAACUGUGGCUGUAGUCUAAAAGUAGUGUCACACAGUAAGAAAGAUUUUUUUUAUAAAUAUAUAUAUAUAUCUGUAUUUGACACAAUACCAAUAUGUUUCUGUUCGGCCGCUCUUUGACAUGUAACAGACGUUGAAGCCUGUUCUGUUCUGAAACCCUUGCAUUUAACUUGUUGUGAAAAUGGCAGGUGUAUGAACUUGUGAUUUUCUGAAAUUAAAAUCACUGUCGAAAAACAA